CACCACCCAGCCUGCAGGAGCUUCGCGCGCACCAGCCGCCCUAGGGAGCCUAAGGUCACCCCAAAUCCUUCUCGGCGCCCCGAUUGGCAGGUCAUUUGGAAAUUGGCUCUCGGACCAGUGCACUUCAGAAGCAAGACUGUUUUUUAGGAAUCUCUUCCUGCGUCCCCAGGGCUUACUCCACUAGAACCAAGAUGGCUGAACUCAAUGCUCAUGUAAAUGUCAAGGAAAAGAUCUAUGCAGUUCGAUCAGUUGUUCCCAACAAAAGCAAUAAUGAAAUAGUUCUGGUGCUACAACAGUUUGAUUUUAAUGUAGAUAAAGCAGUGCAAGCUUUUGUGGAUGGCAGUGCAAUUCAAGUUCUAAAAGAAUGGAAUAUGACAGGAAAAAAGAAGAACAAUAAGAGAAAAAGAAGCAAGUCCAAGCAGCAUCAGGGCAACAAAGAUGGAAAAGACAAAGCAGAGAGGCCGGAAGCAGGAUCCAUGCAGCCACCGGCUUCACAGAUUCAGAAUGGCCAGGUGAAUGGCUGCGAGAAGGACAGUUCAUCCACAGAUUCCGCCAGUGAAAAGCCAGCAUUCAUUCCCCGGGAGAAAAAGCUCUCAGUCCUCGAGGAACCUUCCAAGUCGCUCCUUGGGAUCACAGAAAGCAACAGACUACUGCAGCAGAAACUGUCCUUAGAUGGGAGCCCCAAAGCUUUACAUGGAAUACCAGAGAGGUCAGAUGGCCUACAGUGGUCAGCUGAGCAGCCUUGUAACCCCAGCAAGCCUAAGGCCAAACCAUCUCCUGUUAAAUCCAAUGCCCCUGCAGCUCAUCUUGAACUAAAGCCAGAUGAGCUGGCAAAGAAAAGAGGCCCAAAUAUUGAGAAAUCGGUGAAAGAUUUGCAACGCUGCACAGUAUCGCUAACGAGAUACCGCGUCAUGAUCAAGGAAGAAGUGGACAGCUCGGUGAAGAAGAUCAAAGCUGCCUUCGCCGAAUUGCACAACUGCAUCAUUGACAAGGAAGUUUCAUUAAUGGCAGAAAUGGACAAAGUGAAAGAAGAAGCUAUGGAAAUCCUGACUGCGCGUCAGAAGAAGGCAGAAGAACUAAAAAGACUUACUGAUCUGGCCAGUCAGAUGGCAGAAAUGCAGCUGGCCGAACUCAGGGCAGAAAUUAAGCACUUUGUCAGUGAGCGCAAAUACGAUGAAGAGCUUGGGAAAGCUGCCCGGUUCUCCUGUGACAUUGAACAGCUAAAGGCCCAAAUCAUGUUCUGCGGAGAAAUUACUCAUCCAAAGAACAACUAUUCCUCAAGAACUCCCUGCAGCUCCCUGCUGCCUCUGUUACCCACCCAUCCAGCCGCCUCUGGAAGACAGAGUAACUUUACCCGGAAAUCUGCCAGUCACAACCGGCCCUCUGAGGGGAAAGCAGCCAACCCCAAGCCAGGGAACAGCCCUCCCACCAGCGCUGAUACAGCUCACCCAACAAACAAGCAGAAUGGAUCUUCUAGCCAAAGACGAAGAUUUAAUCCACAGUAUCACAACAACAGGCUAAAUGGCUCCACCAAGUCCCAGGGUGGAGGUAAUGAAGCUGAUCCAAUGACCAAGAGCAACAACCGCCAUGAACACAGAAGACCUCCCCACAAUGGUUUCCGGCCCAAAAACAAAGGAGGCACCAAAAAUCAAGAGUCAUCUUUGGGGACCAAGACCCCUGACGGACCGGCCCAUUCAGAAAAACCACAACGACGCAGACAGCACGUGGCAGACAACUCAGAAGCAAGGCCUUUCCGGGGCAACAUGGCCAGGGUCUCCCAGUGCAAUCUCUGCCCCACAAGAAUAGAAGUUUCCACAGAGGCCACGGUUCUCUCCGUCCCAGCUGUGACAUUGGUGGCCUGAGCUUGGGGUGAACAGGAAGAGAAUAGUAGUUCCCACUCGAUUUUGGUUCCCUGCCCAAGGUGCUGACCCAAUUCGCUGCCAAAAGAGAGUCUAUCCAAAUAUACAAACCCUCUAUGGUCGAAUCCAUCCUCUCUUAAUCAUUUUUACUAAUUCUAAUAAUCAGCUGUAGCUUGCUUCAUAACUUCAUGGCUUUGCUUGAUCUGUUGAUGCUUUUUCUCAUCACAAUGUUGCAGCAUUUUAGCCAGGCAGUAUUUACACAUUUAUUAGGUAAAUAAAGGUGUGGCUAAAGAUCAGAGGCUCCGUAGCAGCCUAUGUCGUAUGGUGAUGUCAGUGCAUUGAUUGUCUUUAGAGAGUCAAUGUGGAAAUAUAUAUAUAUAAAUAAUUCUUAUCGAUCAGACAAACAUGAUCUGCUGAAGACACAUGUGCUUUUGUAGAACUUAACAUCUGGUGUUUUUCUGGAAAAAAAUAUAUACAUAUAUUGCUUUAUUUGAAACAAAUUAAAAUAUGCUGCAUUUGA